AUGGCUUCUAAACCCCCAUCACCAUCACGCGCCGCUGCCGAAGAUACCGCAACGGCUCAGCAGUCGACAGUUAAAACAGCAGAGCGGACAUAUCCCUUCAUUUCCCGCCGUGAGAUCGAGGCCUUGAUUUCUGAAGGUCGCCAUAUCAUCAUUGUCGAUCAAUAUGUCCUGAAGGUUGACGCUUGGGUCAAGUAUCACCCCGGUGGUGACAAGGCCAUCAAGCACAUGAUUGGGAGGGAUGCUACCGAUGAAGUAAACGGGUUACAUUCCCCAGAAGCAAGAGCUCAGAUGAACAGGUACAGAGUGGGCAGGAUACCAGGGAGAUGGAAGAAUUUCUUGCCGCCGAUACAAGGAGGCAAGUUCAGGCCAAGAGGAGAAGAAGGUGAAGAAUGGGAAGAGGAGUCCCCAGAAAUAAGGGCCAGAGCUGCGAACUACGAUGAGGACACUAGCUUCGGAUCGUCAUCAUUUGCGAGUCAGGCUGCCUCUACUGAAUCCGAGAGCUCACGGACCCCUUCGCCCGCCCCUUCCCCGGUCUUUGAUGAUGGAGAAUCGGCGCCGGAAUUGAACCAACUCCACGCCCGUCCUAACGCCCGGUCAAAGUCGGCCGUAAGCCGAUCCGAUUCCUUCACCUCGAUUUCCUCCAUUGAGGAUGAGAAGGCCAGUGCCAAGGGCGCCGAUGAUGGCCCUAGGGAUGGCAUGGCCCAUCUCGACGCUCUAACAAGGCAAGAGAUCAGGCUCGAUCUCGACAAGUACCCUCCGCUCGAUGAGGGAACGCAAGACACCGUCAUCCGAAAGUAUCGUGAACUCAACGAGCGCAUCAAGGCCGAAGGACUCUAUGACUGCAACUAUGUUGCUUACGCCAUCGAAGGAUUCCGCUAUACUCUCCUCUUCUGCGGGUGUCUUCUGUUCCUAAAAUGGGGUUGGUACGUUCCUAGUGCGUUCUGUCUCGGCUCUUUCUGGCACCAGCUAGUCUUCACUGCCCAUGACGCCGGGCACAUGGGCAUCACGCACCAUUUCCAUGUCGAUACUGUCAUCGGCAUCAUCAUUGCCGACUUCAUCGGUGGUCUCAGUCUAGGUUGGUGGAAGCGCAACCACAACGUUCACCAUAUCAUCACCAACAGCCCUGAGCACGAUCCGGACAUAGAACACCUCCCCUUCUUCGCCAUUUCCCAUCGCUUCUUCACUAAUCUGCGGUCCACAUACUAUGACCGUGUCAUGGAGUACGACAUCUUUGCCAAAUUCUUCGUCUCCCUCCAGCACUACCUCUACUACAUCGUCAUGAUGUUCGCCCGCCUGAACCUCUACCGUCUCUCGUGGGAGUACUUGCUCAAGGGCCAGGCACCCAAGCACGGUCCUGCCUGGUGGCACCGGCAUCUCGAGCUUGUCGGUCAGGUCUUCUUCUGGUACUGGUUCGGUUAUGGGAUCAUGUACAAGGCAAUCGAUGGCAACUGGAACCGUUUUGUUUUUUUCAUGAUCUCCCACGCGGUCACCAGCCCGUUGCACGUGCAGAUCACUCUGUCACACUUCGCCAUGUCCACCUCUGAUCUGGGCCCUCAUGAGUCCUUCCCGCAGCGCAUGCUGCGCACCACCAUGGACGUCGACUGCCCCGAGUGGCUUGACUUUUUCCACGGCGGCCUCCAGUUCCAGGCCAUUCACCACUUGUACCCGCGCAUUCCUAGACAUAACCUUCGCAAGACGCAGAAGCUAGUCCAAGACUUCUGUAACGAUGUUGGAAUCCCUUAUGCGCUGUACGGAUUUGUGGAAGGCAACAAACACGUCAUCGGGAGGCUAGCUGAUGUGGCUAGGCAGGCAGCUAUCUUGAGGAAGUGCCAGCAGACUAUUGUUGAUGGCAGCAUCGGACAUUCUCAUGCUCACUGAUUGUGACGCUUUCGAAUGAGGGAAAUGUAUUGCACAUGGAAAUUUUAUAAAAGGAGGGGAUGGUCACAGGCGAGGGACGAGAUAUGGUAGAUGGGCUACAUGGGCUACAAUGGCCCACAAUUCUGGAUUAAAGACAAAGCC